AUGUGGUCCAACUUCUUUGUGCAGCAGGAUGAGGAGGGUCGCAUGGGGGUGGCGGGCGCCGGUCAAGGUGGGGUUCUGGGUGGAAUGAAAGGUGGGAGAGGGCAGAGGCGGACCCCCAAGAUGAGCGACAGCCAGGAGGGCAAGAUCAAGCUGGCGUUCUUUGUGGCAAUUGUUGGCAUUACUCUGACGGUGUUGGGCAUGGGGACAGAGUUCUGGGUGGAGUUGGCCCAACCGAAGAAUUUCAGUGGCAAUCAGACCUGCCAGAUGGCUCAUUAUGGCCUGUGGAAGGGCUGCAUCCGCACCCUAUGGGUGGCUGACAUAGACCCCGAGAGGACAAGCUGUGGCCCAGCCGAACUACCUGGAGAAUCCAACUGCACCUACUUCAAAUUUUUUACGUCUGGGGAGAACGCAGUCAUAUUCAAGAAGACGACAAACAAGAAUUUGAAUCUAGCAUCAGCAGUUUUAGCCCUUCUGAGUCUGACCAUGAUGGCGAUGGGCUCCAUUUGUAUCGCCAUGUCUCUCAGCAAGGGAGUGCAAUUCUUCCUCAAGCCAGCCUCCUUCUGUUUCAUCCUAUCAGGCGUGCUGGCCCUGAUCUCAGUCCUGAUAUUCCACCAGUCCGUGCUGGCCUUGCUGUCCAGUGACCACUCCAUCCCGCUGCACCACCAGCUGUCCUGGUCCGUGGCCUGCGUGGGAUCAGCGGGAGCCAUCCUCAUUUUCGGAGGUUUCCUCUUCAUCAUCCUCUCUCUGCCCGUCAGUCCCUGGCAGAAGUGUUGGCCUCACAAGAAUAGCGCCACCUAGCCUUUCAAAUGCUGAAACGUGCACAAGAAAAAAAGUCACUUCCUGUGACGGUGAACUCGGUCUUGGCAUUUAAUCUGCCAGGAAAGUCAUGCAAGGUCUUAAUUAGAUUAGUACAUUUACACACAAACACACACACACACACA